AUGGUGUCCUUGCUGUCUCGCCACGGGCCUUCCGUCUGCCUCCGCGCCCCUGCCUUGGCUCGCACAGUCACAGCAGUGCCCCAUCGCCAGGCCCAAGUCGCCGAUGUAGGCAAAGGCCUUGAGACUACCACCAGCAGAAUUCCCCUCUUUAUGAACAGAAAGAGUGCGGCCAAGAGCACGACUCCUGCUCCAAUCGUACGCCCCGUUGCCACCGCGCUUCCCCAAGACAGGGAUGAGUUCUGGCGCGAGGUACCUGUUUGGGAGAAUGUGUCGGCCAAGGACUUUCUCUCAUAUCGUUGGAGCGUAACCAAGCUGUUCAAGUUUCUGCAGGCUGUCGUCCCGGAAGAAGUGCCUCUGAAUGAGCUGGGCACGCAGAUGCAGUCUCGCGAUGAGUUCAUCGCGGAUGUUAUGGAGGGUGUGGCUGCUGCAACGAUGGCCAUACGAAUGACUCCGUACAUCUUGAGUCGGGUCAACUGGGAGAACCCCCGGCACGACCCCAUCAUUCGCCAGUUUCUUCCUCUCAAGUCGGUGCUCAUUCCCGAUCAUCCCAAGUUGGCGCUUGACUCGCUUCACGAGGAGGCCGACUCCCCCGUCAAGGGCCUUGUUCAUCGGUAUAGCGACAAGGCCCUCUUCCUGCCAACCUCGGUGUGCCCAACUUAUUGCAUGUUCUGCACGCGGUCCUACGCUGUGGGAGCCGAUACGGACACUGUCACCAAGGCAUCUCUGAAGCCGACCCGCAGGAGAUGGGAGGAGGCCUUCGCGUACAUCGAGAACACGCCCGCCCUGCAGGAUAUUGUCGUCUCUGGAGGCGACUCUUACUACCUGCAACCGGAUCAGCUCAGAAUGAUUGGCGACAGGCUGAUUGGCAUGCCCAACAUCAAGCGCUUCCGCUUUGCCUCCAAGGGACUGGCGGUAGCCCCGAGCCGUAUCCUGGACGAGUCGGACGGUUGGGUCAAUGCCCUCAUCGACAUAUCCAACAAGGCCAAGAAGGCUGGAAAAGCUGUUGCCUGGCACACUCACUUCAACCACCCCAACGAGAUCUCGUGGAUCAGCAAAGAUGCUAGUCAGAAGUUGUUUGAGGAAGGCGUCAUGGUCCGAAACCAGACAGUGCUUCUGCGGGGCGUGAACGACGAUGUCGACACUAUGUCGAAGCUGAUCCGUGAUCUUGCCGACAACAAGGUCUUCCCUUAUUAUGUCUACCAGUGCGACAUGGUGGAGAGAGUUGAGCAUCUGCGGACACCCCUGCAGACCAUUCUCGACCUCGAGGCCCGCAUCCGCGGCUCCAUCGCGGGUUUCAUGAUGCCUCAGUUCGUCGUCGAUCUUCCUGCCGGCGGUGGUAAGCGUUUGGCCUGCUCGUACGAGUCAUAUGACCCCAAGACAGGGCUAUCGACUUACAUGGCUCCGGCUGUGACGGGCCGCGACAAGGAGAACAAGGUCUACGAGUACUACGACCCCAUCGACACUCUCCCCAACUAA